GCGGUAAAAAUGGCCAAAACUCAGCCGGCGCGGAAUAUCACAGCCAUGUACUCCUUGUUGGUACUUUCGCUGUUUCUUGGUAUUAGCCAUGGCUUGGGAAAUGUCUACCUGCCGGCUGGAAAUGAGGUAUCAAUUGGAGGAAAAUUGGCCACGGAAUACUUUACCUACGCAGCUCCACCGGAGGAGGAUCUAAUGGCUCCAUGGCAAUCUGCCAGACAAUUGGCUCAGGUGCUCUCCCCGCCGCAACAGGUGGUGUUUAUCCGAACUCCGGAGACGAAUCUCUUUUCACUGACUGCCAAGCAACUGGCAGUCAAUAAUCCGUUGGACAUCUUUGUGCUUCACCGGCAGGCGGAUGCAGAUGCUCUGGCCCAACAACAGGCUGCUAUUCAGCAGCAGGCAACUGAUAAACCUUCUGUCCACUUUGUAAAAUACAAAACUCCUGCGGAUGUUACAAGAGCUCUGAGUGCGUUGAGGAGUGACUAUGAUCGACUACCGGGAAAUAGUAUUAACCAUGCUAUUGAAAAGGCCAAUGUUAUCCAACUUAAGCCACAGCCAACAGAAACUCCUGUGAUCUUUAAGAUCCGGCCAAAAGAUAGCGAUGAAUACGAGACACAUGAGCAGGCUAGUGAAUUGGAAACUGCCAAAUUGCAGGCGCUAUUCCGGGAAUAUCUCGCCACCGGGAAAAGACGUUAA